AUGGCUGCCUACAAGGUGCACAUCCAACCUGGGAACUUCUCUUUCUCCUUCCGACAUCUAUCUGGAGAAUCUGGCAUGGGUAUGAUCUCGCCGAUCUGGAAGGACGCCGAUGACCAUCCACCGAGCGGUGUUACAAGGAUCAAGCUGUUCCUACAUGACCAUGGUGACGCUGCCGCGAAUGACUCCCAUCGCCAGCUAAUACUGCAGCAAUUUCGCGAGAUUCAGGACACUCACCUCCUUUUCCUCAAGAACAUUCAGCGCAUCUGCAUCGUCUUUCUGGAUGAAGUGGGAAGAGGACCUCAGCCACAAACUUCUCAUUCCGGUCUUCCGAUCCUGAUCCAAUUCUUGAUACAAGCAGACUUGGUUACACAGGCCAAUCGGCAAGAUAUCGUUGCAACGUCCAGCAGGAAUAUUGCCCUGUUCGACGGACUGGCAGAAGCAUUCAUUAAGGCCAUACAGCAGCUGUGCUCACAUAAGUCUCUUCAAUACACCUCGAUGAGAUAUCUGCCUUCAAAGGACGAUUUUCCGUGGGAAGGAUAUUGGCAUUCUUUGGUUAUCCGUAUCCAGAAAAAGCUUGCGCAUGAAUCAGUCAUGCGUCCUCGAAGCGGUAACGCUCUCAGCCCGAUUGGGCAGAUGCGAAGGCUUACAAGGGAAGGAAUACUUGACGGAACGCUGCUAUUUGAUGACACGAACCCGGAGAUAUACUUGUCGCAGCAUUAUAAAUCUUCUGAUUUAUUGAAGCUGGAAGAAGACGGAUUGAUGAGAAUAACCACGACACAGAUCUUGGAUCGUGUGAAAGAGGACCUUGGGCGUUCCAAUUCUCGGAUGAAGUCAACUGAUGCAGCCAACCAGUGGCACACGGCUGCAGCAGAGCUUCUAGGUAUCCCUUUUAAAAAGCAGUCCACUAAGUCGAUCAGUAUCUUACGGGAGCUCGAUCUGAUCCCGCUGCAAAAUGGAGAAUGGAUAGCAGCCCAAUCUGCGACGAACCGACUGUCUUUCCCGUCUGUGGACGACAUUAUAAUCUCUCAAGAUUUUCCACUCAGUCUCAUCAACUGGCACGCUGCACGAGCUCAACUUUUCACACAUCUCGGAGCAACCAAACCAUCGGUCAAACGUGUGCGAAAGCUUAUAUUCAAGAAAUAUACAGACAGGGUGAACUUCAAAUCUCUUUUCGAUGAUUUAGACCAUCCGCAGGAAAUCUCGAUGGCUCAUUUGACGUUCCUCUAUCCGGUCCUGAUAGAUGAUGGAUCUCUCAAAACGCCAAGAUCCCAGGAUGUUUAUCUCAUUGAUGACCAUCGUUAUGGUGCAAAGAAGCUUCUUUGCCAAGUCACUGACCAAGACAACCCUGAUUGUAAUGCGCUAGGUUCUGUGGUGCCAUUCCUGCAGCCGGCGUAUCUGGAGGGCCCCGAGGACCAGCGGGAUACCAAUGGUGCCGAGCCAUGGCUGCAAUGGCUCGAGAAUACCUUAGGUGUGCGUAGGCGUCUAAGGCUGAUAGAUAGGGGCUCGAUCACCAAGGAGUUUAAGCACAUCAUAAACAAAAGAGCCCCCGAUCUAAUCGGUGUGUUACAAAAUUACUGGCACAUUAUUGGAACAGAUAUCACAAGUAAUGAGUCAAUCAGAGACGAGCUUAGCAAGGCCAAAGUACCGUGCGCGUUUGGAGUGGGAAAGUACGACGAUCUUCGUUUUUACUUGGAUAUUUUGGUAUACUUAGCUGAAAAUGUUGGUGAUACGAUUGAUGAAUUACCUAUGACAUCCAAGAUCAAAAUUCCAAGAAAGAGAGCUGAUGCUGCUUCCCGAAUACGAACCUGGAAUAGCGCGUUACAAAAAGAAAAACAAGACAAUGCAGACCAAGGUAUUAUACUUCAGAUGUACGAGCGACUCAAGUCUAUGAGCUACGAGAUCCCACGAACGAAAUGGGAGGAAGCAAUAUUACAAGAUCUUUUUCGUCAGCUUCCUCGGUGUUCCAACUUUGACGUGGCAAUGGUCCACGACGAGCUCAAGAGGAAGGGACUUUCGGAUAGCACGUCUGUUUCAGAAGAGAAGCAAGAGCUGUGGCAAUUCAACUCUCUACUAACCGCAGAGACGGAGUCGCUAGAUCCCCAACCCGUAUUGGAGGGACGGAUAUUUCCUGUGAAGCUCCUAGGCGGCGAGGUGCUGUUGCUCUCAGCCAUAUCCGAUUUCGCUUUAGUGGAUCGAAAGGGUCUUGGUGAUGCCUUUGCCAAACUUGUGAAGCUGCUGGACUUUACUCCGGAUGAGGUUUGUCGCCUUCAGCCUCUCUUGCACUGGGCUGGACUGGACGACCGCCACCUUUCCAUCAAAGUAACGGAAGUCGCAACACCAUCACUCGACGCAGAAGGCUCACUCCAAUUUUCACGCCGUCAAUUUAAACAUAGAGCGUAUGCCUUAUGCCGGUUUGUCAACACACGCGAGAGAGCUUUUGAGAACUUAACUGUCGCUGACAAAACACACGGCCUUGCCAUGAAUUAUGAGAGUCCGAGGGCCCUACGUGGCCCCUACUCGUUCUACCAGCUAUUAAGGCGCUCUGAAGUAAUAGAAACAGAUGGUAUUAGUUUGGAGCUGCAACUUAUUGAAGAUGGUCGCACGCUGCGAGUGCAGCAGCCACAGACCAACCUCCACAUCAAUCACUCGGACGGCUCUCUUAAAAUCUACGUUCCUAAGUACGGCUGCCGUCAGGAGACGUGCUUGUAUUCCAAGCUCCUCAAUGCUCUGUUAAAGUGGAUGGUGGCCGAAGAUGCUUUUAAGCUUGACUUCCCCAACGAAGACAUAACCACUCCAGAACGCGAAGAGCGGGCAUGCGCAUCCGAGGGCUCGGGAUAUCUCCGAUUGCUCGAGAAGGUAGUGAACGCAGCACAUAAAACCAGCCUACGGCAGAACGGAAGCUUCGGCUUGUCCGGCAAGAGAAACGCAAAUAAUGAAACUGCUGAAGACUAUUUACCGACGCACAUUUUCAGUCAGUAUGAGCGAUAUAGGAUGAUCGGAGCUGCUGGUGAACUCUAUACGACAACCGGCUCGCAUGAUAAGCCGUUCUAUGCGAGCAAGGCUCAGUACAAGAGGAUGCAAGAUAUAUCUUGUGGGGAAUCGGAUACUGAGAAUCUUGAGACGAUAUACGUCGUCUUCCGUGUUUUCAACCUUAGCAAAGGAUCGACGGGGCUGGCGAUAUACGUUGAUCCUGCCAGUAUGAACCGGCAAGGAAGCUUGAAAUUCACGGUGGAUAGCUGGACGGUCAUUCCCGGAGAGACAAGCUCUUAG